GACAAGAAGCCAGGCACCGAAUGCGACAAUUUCGGUCCCAAGAAGGCUCUUCGGAUCAAAGUGAAAGUGCGGGACACCGUCCACGACCGCAACAAGUUAGGCGAGCAAGUGACUGUCAGGGAGCGCGAGGCCGAACAGAAGAAGCCCUCGAAGACCGCCGUUGCCAGCAUGAAGCGCUCAUUGACGAAUUCGCACUCGUCGUUCCGUGAGCUCGAGAAUCUCGUUGACAAGGAGGCCGUGGAAGAGAGGCAGAAAGAACACAGGUCCUCCUUAGCAUCCGCCUUCACCCCGUUGAACCUGGGCACCUUCUCAUCAAAGCAGUCUGCGACAGCGGCAGGCUCAGUUACAGACAUCAUCGCCAGCAUUCGCCAGCAGCAGUCGGAGUCGGACGCCGAUCUGCUGGAGGUUGAGUCCACAGCUGGUUCUGUCGACUCGGGCGCCGGCGCCGGCGGAGGAGGCGAUGGCAAUGAUAAGAAAAGGAGGCGCUGGGAUCGCGACACGCAGACCCUCAAGGCAGAAACGAAGCACCUGGAGACGGUCGAGAAAGUGAGGCAGUUGGCUGACAAGACCUUGUCUGAGGUUGUGGAUGCGGAGAAGAAGAUGAUCAAUCAGGUCGAGGACGCGGAAUACUUCAAGAAGCACUUGGAGAUCUUGCAGCUGCGCAAGGAAGCUCUGGUUGCCUUUUCGCAAACUUGUAACCUGAAGGCGUACCAAGCCUUGGUGAAGUCGCAUACUAGGAAAUCACCGUGCCCGGACUUUCUCAGCAUCAUCUCUAUCGAGGAGUUCAAGGACAAGCAGACGGAGUUCUCGGCCGCAACUUGCGCUGAGGAGUUGAAGACGUUCGAGAACAUGUGCAAAGCAGAGCUGGUCAAGAUGAAUCAGCUCAUCGGCGCCAACAAAGCCAUCGUCAAAGAUGCGCAGACCUUGCUCAAGUCCCGCGCCAAGCAGCUGCAGACCAUCCAAGAGAACAAGACGAAGGCCGCCGCCGCCAAGUCCGCAGCUGCGGCCGUCAUGGGGCCACCCUUGCCCAAGAAGGCCAAGAUCAACACCACUGGCGACAUUCUGAACUUCGAGUACGGCGAGGAUCAGCAGAUGAACGCCUACAGCUUCGAGGCGACCAACUGCAGCAAUCCGAGCCUGUUGGAGCCUUUCGUGGUGACUGGCUGCGGCAGCCAGGUGGACGCAGCGGUACCGGAGGCGACGCUGAAAGCUUUCCAACAGAAGUUUCUCAACAGCCCACAACGAACCAGCUCAGGGCGCGCGACUGCGCCGAUGAAGGACCCUACGGAUCAGCAGCGCGCAAUGACAGCUGUGCUUGGAUGCUUCCCCGAUGAACUCAAGAAGUACUUGUACAACCCUGACACCUUCAAGAAAGACCACCCUGAAGUGUUCAAGCUCCUCGUUCCAGCCUUGUCAGCAAGUGCCGCCGACGCCCAGUAUGCUGGCACUGAGAACUGUUUCAUGCCGAAGUUGCGCCUGACCCUCAAAGGCAUCGCCAACGUCGUGAUGGUGCGCGCAGACAACUACGUAGCGUGGUCUGGUAAGAACAUCAGCGAGGCUGCGGCUUCGGACUCCAAGGGCAUCACCCUCGAGGCUUGUUUCAAGAAGAUUGCCGCGAUGACGAGUGCUGAGAUUGCUGACUUCACCAGGGAGCACCCCGGUUCCAUCAAGCAGGCGACGGUCGCGAAGGGAGACUUCGCUUACACGCCCACUGGAUGGAUCCUGAUGGAGCACACGAAGCCUGUGGACGAUAUGGCGUGCGUGAAGAUGUCGAUCCUUCACUUCUUCGACGGCGACAGCAUCAACUUCGCGAGCAAGUCUAUGGAGCUGCUGGUCAGCAGCCUAGAUGGCUUGAACAAAAACGUGGCUUUGGUGAAGGAGGUGUUUGAGAUCAUCAAGAAGAACCCCGACCCCAAUGAGAAGAAAGAUGAUGACACGGCUGGGAAGUGA